AAGCCGCUCUGGCCCAGGGAAGCGGCAGUUGCAGCCAGCACCAUGAGUGGCCGGGUUGGGGACCUGAGCCCUCAGCAGGAGGAGGCGCUGGCCCAGUUCCGAAAAAAUGUCCAGGAUGUGCUGCCCGACCUGCCCAACCCCGAUGACUAUUUCCUCCUUCGCUGGCUCCGAGCUCGAAAUUUUGACCUGCAGAAAUCUGAGGACAUGCUCCGGAAGCAUGUGGUAUUCCGGAAGCAAGAGGACCUGGACAACAUCUUGACCUGGAAGCCCCCGGAGGUCCUCCAGUUAUACGACACAGGUGGCUUCAGCGGUUACGACCCGGAGGGCUGCCCCGUGUGGAUUGACAGCGCUGGCUCCUUGGAUCCCAAAGGCCUGAUUCUUUCCAGUGGCAAAGCAAACACGAUCAAGAAACGUACUCAGACCUUGAUGAAACUCCUCCGGGAAUGCGAGCUCCAGAGUGAGAGGCUGGGAAAGAAGAUCGAAACUUUCGUUAUAAUAUUUGACCUGGAGAAUCUUAGCCUGAAACACUUCUGGAAGCCCGCUAUAGAAGUCAGCCAGGAGUUUUUCUCCAUACUUGACAACAAUUUUCCCGAGACCGUCAAGAAUCUUAUUGUUGUGAAAGCUCCUAAACUGUUUCCUGUAGUCUACAACUUGAUGAAGCCCUUCAUUUCAGAGAAAACAAGCAAAAAGUUUGUUAUUAUGGGAGCAAACUGGAAGGAGGAUUUGCAGAAAUUCGUAGACCCUGACCAGUUGCCUGCAGAGUAUGGGGGAACUCUAACAGACCCUGAUGGGAACCCCAAAUAUCUGACCAAGAUUCAAUAUGGGGGUAUAGUCCCCAAGAAAUACCACCGGCAGAACCAGAUGAAAAUGCAGUAUGAGCAUACAGUGUCAAUCAAUCGGGGGUCCUCCCAUCAGGUGGAGAUUGAGAUCCUCUUUCCUGGCUGCGUCUUGAGGUGGCAGUUCCUGUUGGAUGGGCCGGACAUUGGCGUUGGGAUUUACCUGAAGACUAAGAUGGGGGAGCGACAGAAAGCAAAGGAGAUGGUCGAGGUGGUGCCCACCCAGAAGUACAACUCUCCCCUGGUCCCUGAGGACGACCUCACCUGCACUGAACAGGGAGUCUACGUCCUGAGGUUUGACAAUACCUACAGCUUGAUUCACUCCAAAAAGAUCAGCUACACAGUGGAAGUCUUACUCCCUGACAAAAGCAUUGAAGAGAAAAUUGAGAAAAUGUAGGACAAGUUUGACUUUUGCCAUCAUUAUACCCCUUCCAACCUUGUCUCCGUUACUUGUACUCCAUUACUUACUUCUUACUGACUCUACUUGGGACCCCUUUUGUUUUCUGGCCAGUUUUCUCCACCAAGGAGAUAUGCCAUGGGGUCCACCUUUGACCAAAACACCAUGGGAAGGUUGGGGAAUUGCUAAAGAGCAGCUUGAUGACCAUUUUUUUCUGAUUCACUGUUCACAAUAUAAUUGAAGUGGAAAUAUGUUUAAUAUGAUUCUACAUGUGUAACCUAUUGCUUGCUGUCUUGGGGAAGAGAGAGAGGAAUAAGGGAGGGAGAAAAAUAUGGAGCUGAAAAAUUUUACAAAAGUAAAUUUCAAAAACUAUAUGUAAUUGGAAAAAAUAAAAUAAUGUUAAAUUGAAAAAAAAAUUUUUUUAAAAAGUAGCUAAUAAAAAUUUCAGGGUGAUCAUCGACCAGCUUCUUAAGCUGUUUGCCACCUCAAAUGGGGUUUUUAAUUGAUUAUAGAGGUUGCAGAAUUAUGAUUUAUUAUCAGUACAUGUUUGGUUUAGACACCUAUUUUCUAUACCUAAAUACCUAGAGUCACAAAAAAUUUUCAAAUGAAAAGGGUUCUUGAAUGGAAAAAAUUUAAGAAAACCUGAAAUUUUACACCACAAAAAUCAGCAAUUGCUACCAAUGAGAGCCUGAUUUAUUGUUUUGUUGAUUGUCUAAGCUUAAAGACAUUAUAAUAAU